AUGGCUAGUGCAGACAAUGUGACUGAAUUCAUCUUUCUGGGACUUUCUUCCAAUCCGAAGGUGCAGAGAGUUUGCUUUGUGAUAUUUCUGCUCUUGUACACAGCAAUUGUGCUGGGGAACUUCCUCAUUGUGCUCACGGUCACGACCAGCAGAAGUCUUGGCUCCCCCAUGUACUUCUUCCUCAGCUAUCUGUCCUUCGUGGAGAUCUGUUACUCCUCUACUACGGCCCCCAAACUCAUCUCAGAUCUACUGGCUGAAAGGAAAACCAUACCUCCAUGGGGCUGCAUGACACAGCUUUUCUUCAUCCACUUCUUUGGUGGCAUCGAGAUUUUUCUGCUCACUGUGAUGGCCUAUGACCGCUAUGUGGCCAUCUGUAAGCCCCUCAACUAUAUCACGAUCAUGAACCACCAGGUAUGUGCUGCCCUCGUAGGAAUAGCAUGGGUGGGAGGCUUUGUGCAUUCCUUUGCCCAGAUCCUUCUCAUCUUCCACUUGCCCUUCUGUGGCCCCAAUGUGAUUGACCACUAUUUCUGUGAUGUGCUUCCCAUGCUCCAACUUGUAUGCUCAGACACCUUCCUCAUUGGUCUGUUGAUUGUGGCCAAUAGUGGGGCCCUGUCCGUCAUCACCUUUGUGGUCCUUGUGGCGUCCUAUGUGGUCAUCCUGCUCCAUCUGAGGUCCCGGAGUUCCGAGGGGCGGCGCAAAGCGCUCUCCACCUGUGCGUCCCACAUCACCGUGGUUGUCUUGUUCUUUGGGCCCUGCAUCUUCAUCUACCUGAGGCCUUCUACCACUCUGCCUGUGGACAAGAUGGUGGCUGUGUUCUACACUGUGAUAACUCCACUCCUCAACCCUUUUAUCUACUCCCUCAGAAAUGCUGAAUUGAAGAAGGUGAUGAAGAAGCUAUGGAUGAGGAAAUUUAAACUAGAUGAGGAGUAG